AUGCCGCCAUCGCAAGCCGCCUCUCCCCCGCAGUCUCCCGCCAAUGGACAAAGACCCGAGGUUGCGUUCCUCCACUCCGCAGACAUAAGGCGGAGAUUCCUGCAAAAGCAGUGGCCCUUGCAGAGAGGGAGACGUCCACCAUCUCUGCUCAGCACCGGAGGCGGACGAGCUAUGGAUGCACAGCAGCCGCGCAAGAGGAAGCGCUCGGCCAUCGCCUGCACGCGCUGUCAUGAUCGAAAAGUCCGGUGCUCGGUCGCGUUCCAGGGGAUCCCGUGUGCAAACUGUGCUCAGGAUGGCACCGUUUGCAAGGUCUAUGGCCAGCAGCAUGUUGCGUCGGUGUCCUUGCCUUCCCCGGGCCAUCCACCAGGCCACUCAUCACGUUCCAUUGAAUACAACAGCCGCCCCGACCAAGCGAUCCCGCCUUCAUCGAAAUCAGCGUACCCUCUGACGCCGUCUCCGACAUCUAUAGCCCUUACCGAGGUAACGCGCCAGGGUUCGGACACGGUCGAAGUACCCCGGGAACAUCUAAACGUGGACAAGAGUCCUCCUGCCCCUAUUGUCACCUCCCCAGAACGUCAAAGGGAGCCAGACACAUCAAGCGAGAUCGCAACCGGCACUCAGCAGACUCCCACCACAGUCUCUGAUUCGGUGUCGGAGAAGCCUCGUGGAAAUGACUCUUCCCGAGAUAUCCUGGUGCCUUAUUAUGCCGGAGAGGCGGAGGGACUCGAAUUCGUCUUUGAUAUCUGCUCGCCAAAUCGAGCCGUGAAAGGAAGCCCCUAUAUCAUCACCCGCAACGUCCUUAAGCGACAGCAAUUCAAACCAGAGAUCACUCCAGGGUCCAGGCCUCAGUUUCCACCGUCUGUCUGCGCGAGGCUCAUUCGCUGCUUCUUCGGCUAUGUCUACCCUUUCAUGCCCGUCGUCAAUGCCGGGGAAUUCAUUACCAAGUACUCGGACGACCCCAACAAUGUCAGCUGUCUGUUGCUGUGGUCGGUGUUCUUCGCGGCAGCACUCUACAUCGAUGCAGAGGCCCUUAAAGCUCUAGGGUUCCAGAGUCGCAAAGUCUUGAAACAGUUUUGUUUUCAGAAUGCCAAGAGGACGUACGACGCGCAGCUCGAGACCGAUAAGUCGGCUACCAUUGCCUCUGUUCUGCUCCUCAGCUACUGGUAUGCUGAUCUAGAGGAUCUGGACGGCGGCUGCUACUGGAGUGGAGCGGCGAUCCACCUAUGCUUUAGCAUUGGGCUCCAUCGUGAACCCAGCUAUUCUCGACUCCCACGGUCUCCUUUCUCACCAUCCCAAAUAGCGCUCUGGAGACGGUUAUGGUGGUGCAGCUACUACCGCGAGGCUUGGCUCUGUCUGGGUACUGGGAGACCGAUGCGCGUCCACCUCGAUGACAGCGAUCUGCAGCUGCCGUCUGUUCACGAUGUCGUGGACGAUGUCAAAGAACUAUCUCCAGAGCUGCGCGAAGCAUUCCUGCCGCCGGAUCUCGACGAGCUGGCUGAACUCUGGAUAAAAUUGCUCCGGCUGUCGAUCAAGCUGGAAGACACUAUGGUUCUACACUACCGCCCGAGAAGGCCUCUGUUGUCAUUGCCUCAGUUGGAAGCCGACUAUGCGGACGUCUUACGUCUUCUCGAAAGCCUACCUACGGAUACCGAAACCCGGUCCCGAACCUUGAUGCUACAUGUGAGCCAUUUCAGAUGCUAUUGUCAGGCGAUCAUCAUCCUCCUUCAUCGCUCCUACAUUCUUUCGACGCCUGAACAUCUCUCCGCGGCCGAACAAAGCAACCUCCAAGCGGCCGCGACCCAGAGAUCCAAGGCCGCUGCAGCCAAUUCCACGGGCACUCUCAACAAAUUGAUCGGACAAGAUAUGAUUGACACGUCGCCUACUAUGCUCGUGACUGCUAUGAUGAUCGCCAUGCAAAUUCAUCUAUUCGAGCUUGCUCGAUCUGACGGUCUCAUCCGCCAGCACGCUGGGCACAAUUUAAACCUGCACAUGAUGGUCCUCUCACACCUCAACAAGACAUUUUGGAGUGCCGACAUGCAUCGCAACCUCUUCUCCGAAGUCUUGAAGGCCCUCAACGCGGGCAAGACCGGCGACGCAAAGCAAUAUGACGGCUACGCGGCUGGCCUACAGGACCCGGCUGCGCAAGCAAAUACUCCUCAUUCUCGCGACGACCCAUCAAACGCCAUGAGCACUGUCUUGGAUACCUGUGGGUUGAGCGGCACAGCCUUUGACGAGUUCUUCGCGUCAUUUGGUCCGUUUGACAAUUUCCAAUUUAUGUUUGACGAAGGGAGAUUUGACUAUAACCACAAUACCGACGCCGGCCUCGUGUGA